CCGGGCCGCGGGCUGCGGGACGUACUGGGCCGGGGGCUGGGGUGGGACCCGGCGGGCGCCAUGGAGCUGCUCUCGGCGCUGAGCCUAGGCGAGCUGGCGCUCAGCUUCUCGCGGGUGCCGCUCUUCCCCGUCUUCGACCUCAGCUACUUCAUCGUCUCCAUUCUCUACCUCAAGUAUGAGCCAGGAGCAGUCGAGCUUUCCCGACGCCAUCCCAUGGCAUCCUGGCUGUGCGCCAUGCUGCACUGCUUCGGGAGUUACAUCUUGGCUGAUCUUCUCCUUGGGGAGCCCCUGAUCGACUACUUCAGCAACAAUUCCAGCGUCCUGCUGGCCUCAGCUGUCUGGUACUUGAUUUUCUUCUGCCCUCUGGACCUUUUCUACAAGUGUGUCUGCUUCCUGCCUGUGAAACUUAUAUUCGUGGCCAUGAAGGAGGUAGUGAGAGUCCGGAAGAUCGCCGUGGGCAUCCAUCACGCCCAUCACCACUACCACCACGGGUGGUUCGUCAUGAUUGCCACUGGCUGGGUCAAAGGCUCUGGUGUUGCCCUCAUGUCCAACUUUGAGCAGCUGCUCCGAGGGGUCUGGAAGCCAGAGACCAAUGAGAUCCUGCACAUGUCCUUCCCCACAAAGGCCAGCUUGUACGGAGCCAUACUCUUCACCCUCCAGCAGACCCGCUGGCUCCCGGUGUCCAAAGCCAGCCUUAUCUUCAUCUUCACCAUGUUCAUGGUGUCCUGCAAGGUGUUCCUGACGGCCACUCACUCCCACAGCUCCCCGUUUGAUGUCCUGGAAGGCUAUAUCUGCCCUGUGCUGUUUGGGACUUCCUGGGGGGGCGACCAUCACCAUGACAACCAUGGCGGGUCCCAUGGUGGCGGUGGGCCUGGCUCGCCACACUCAGCCCUGCCUGCUAAGUCCAAAGAGGAGCUGAGUGAGGGCUCCAGGAAGAAGAAGACCAAGAAGGCAGAUUAGUGGGUGGCCCAGAGGCCUUGAGGGGUGCCAGGGAGAGAACCCUGACCCAAGCCCCUCAGAGCCGGUGCGGGGGCAUCCUGGACUCAGCUCUCCCCUCUCCGGGCCUCUACUUCCCAGUCUGCAAACUGGGGCCAUUUGACAGUCCACCCUCCAGGGCUGAUGUCGGGGGGGUUAAGUGAGAUAUGGGGGUGAGGGGCAUUUGUAGGAAUGGAGGGGUCCCUCUCUCUCUUUCUGCCAGGCCACUAUAGCAGCACAGCUUUAUUUGAGGGGAGGCCCACAGCAUCCGGGCAGUGGCCCAGCCAGAAACCCUAGCAGUUAUAUUCUUGGUUCUAUUAUUUCCUCUCUAAAAUUACAUCUUGACUCUGAAAGAACUUCAAGUCAGGUUGAGACUCAUGAAUUUGAUGGACAAUUCCUAAGUGUCUGCUGUGAGGCAGCUGCUGUGACUUCUGUCUCUUCUUACCCACUCCUCCUGGACAACAUUGGGCAAGCUGCCCCCUCCGAGCCUUGCAUUCCCCUUCUGUAUAGUGGAGAUGCCCAGCCCUCCUCUGUGUGGAAGUGCUGGUGUGUGCCUGGAUGUGAACCAGCCUUAUGAACUCUUAAGCACCGUGCAGUCGGGCGGGGAGGCCUUGAUGGAUGUUCCUCGUGCUUCAGAACGGCUUUGCAUUUUAGACUAUUUGUGUUUGUGGAUCAGAGAACAUCCCCCCCCCCCCACAACAAGUUACCUGGCACAGAGGAGGCCUUCAGUAGACACAUCUAGGCCAGUCUUGAGAGCUCGGAGGGUGAGGAAGGCUUGUUCUGAUCUUUGGCUUCAGGCCACCCCUAAACCAAAGAAAUGCAGCUGGCUGGGCAGGGGCCCCAAGAUCCAGGUCUGUAAAGGGGUUCUGAGUACUUGUCGGGCCCUAGACACAUUGGGCCUCCCCCAUGCUAGCGGCCUCCAGGGCUCCUUUAAUCACCCAGAGGAGUUGGCUUGCUCUAUGGGGGGCCUUGUGCUGCUGCUGGGCCCUGGGAACAUGCUUCAGGGUGAGUGAGGGGAAUGGUAGCUGAGCGGCACCCCACCACCACCACCCCUCCAUCUCAGCCUGUUAUCAGGACACCCUUGAGGAUGGGUAGAUUAGGUGUGGCCAGUCUCCGGCAGUGUUUUGACCCAGACCGGCCGGCUUAGAGCUGUCGUCCGCACAGGGGUGCUCAGGGCAGCAGCCUACAGCUGCAAAAAACAUCAGCACGGGGGCAGCAGGGUCCCAGGUAUUGCCCAGCUGUUGGGAAAGUGCCUUGAUUGGUGACACCUGGGAGCCGGAUGGGUCCUGAGGCUCCGAAUUCAUCCUCUUGCAUGUUUAUCAAGGCUCAGCAUGAAGGUUCAGCAAAUAAAUCUGUUGUGGAAGAAGCA